GCUCACGGUCCGGUAGCGCAACAUGGGGGAGCCUUGGCCGCAUCGCUGUGCAUGUGGGCGGGCACGUCGUAAUUUAGCCGGGGCCAAUCACGGAUCCAAAGAAGCACCGAACAUGGGGUCGUCUGGAAUUUCCAUGGGGGAACCGGGGGAACAUCGACCAGUACGAAGUAACCCAUUUCUGACCAUUUCAUCCGCGUCCAUCACCAGCAUCACCAGCAUCAUCACCAGCAUCAUCGGAAUCAUCAGCGGCAUCAGCGUCAUGAUCAACAGCAACGACACCACCACUACUACCGCCGCCGCCAGCCAGCCAUGACUAGACAAUCCACCCGCUCCCCCCUACAUAACCCCAAUAUCCUUUCUGUGUCUGUCUACCUAGGUUGCCGAGUUUACAUGCUGAUGAGGUCACACAGGCAUGCCUGGCUGGGGCCGGCACCACACGUGGGACAGACGUACAACGAGGCGCUGAGACUCGAACGUGUGUAGAUCUCUCGCUUGUUACUUCCUUUCCUCGCCAUUUUGUCUCUGGAUUUUAUUCUUUGUUCGCUUAUGCAAUACACAUUCCAGAUAGAAUUCCUCUUGGUUGGCGACCUAUCGAUCGCUGCUGGGGCAGGUUUCAUGCCCAGCAGAUUCGGCCAGAACAGGUACCCUGUGCUCUCUAUUGCCCCGAAGAAAUCGGAGGAUGUUGUUGAAGUUGGGGUGGAGGACCCGUGGAACAUUACCGUCGGCAGUUGGGCGAGCAGGUCGGGCGCCGACAAAAGAGUCGAGUUAUAACAGAGCAGCGAUAUCACCACCGCAUAACGCCGUUUCUCCCCAAAUGUGACCAUAGAACGGUCCUUCAAAUAAAUAUUUGCCUAUCACAACACACUCCCACUGGACCCCCUGUUCAUGCUGCAUUCAUCCUGUGCAACAAAGAGCCAUGGGCACCUGGAUUGGACGCACUCCCCAGAUGGACAAGUGAGAGCCGAGUCGAAAUAAUCGAGGCGCCUGCGCGCCCUUCGGCAGCCAUCUCUCCUGUGGUCAACACUGAUCUAAAACGAAUCCCGGCUAUAGUGGGUGAGGAAGCGAUGAAGUCGUGCCGCCAUCAACUAGGUAUACAGAUCAACGUACCCAUUACCGUGCGAUAAUGGUUGAUCUCCUAUACAUCUACUGAACAAAGCCAGGAUUCAUAGCGAGUCUGAUACACUGAGCGAUACGCGGCACCAAAUUGGGCAAUGUUAGCGAUUAGCUGAAUCGCCACGGCCCUACUCCGGUCAUUUUCUUGAUGUCGUCCUCUCGGGGCCGGGUCUCUGCCCUUGUAAAAGAAACGUUGUGGGGGUAUAUGGCCGCGGGCCCCUUUAUCCAGAGAGCCUAUGGAUGCCGCUCAAAACCGCCAUAUGCCCCGUUCCUCCCGGCGGUUGUCGGGCGUCUGCCGACCUUCUGUCAAACAUGCCCGUGUCCGGAAAGUCAAAGCUUCCGGCCGAGGUGGGCUUUCCACGUUCAAAAAGCCGCCAUCGUCUCCGCCCAACCUGACCGCACCACUUUUGUCCUGCUCACGGUCGAUGCUCAAUGUAACGAGGAGUUACCCAGCAGUCGCCCUCACAACUACCAUCUCGCUUCCAAGCUUCGCUUGCUUCAUCUAUCGUGUUCAACGGCAAUAUCUCGGCCCUGUCAUUCCAUUGCGUUCAACCAUGGAGGAAGGGUACACCACAUUUCGACCGGAUCACGUCGCCGAGCCGCACGCUUUACCUACCUUUCCUUGAGCCGCUCUCGACUUUGGCUCCGGACACAUAAGCCUUUGCACCGGAGGGGCUAUCCAUGUGGGCGGUAGUCUGGGGGUUUUAAGUGGAGUCUUGUGCUGGCUUCGCGGUCAUGUUCCGGCCCCUCCGUGUCGUGCCAAGAAUGGUUCCGACAUUGGAAUCGGCCUCGGUCCGGAGCCAUCAUUUGGCCCGUCUUUUGCGUGUCUGGGUAACCACCGCCGGCUUCCGCAGUACAUCGAAAAAAGCUUGAGCGAAUCAUCACGGUCGUCGCACUGCAUCACGGGAGCCCCCGCCAUGUGGCAAGGCUUUUGGACACCAACGACAUGGAUGUUCUACUUGCUCACCUGCUUGGCCAUCAUGUGCCGCAUGGGACAUCAGUUUUAUCUUCAGAUCAAAGCUCCUACCAGCUACAGGAGCAACAUGCAUGGCGAUGAAGGGGCUUGUGUUUCCGGUCUUCACAUGGAGGUAGCAGUGGUGUUUUAUUGUCGUCAUCGACCUGACCCUGAUUUGCGUGUGAUUAUCUUACUUUUCCAGUGUUCUCCUACCGAAACGCAACUACCAACCGCCAUUGAAAUUCCGCAAAGUUCCAGAAAAUCGCCCCCCCUCCCAGACUCGUGUCCCGAUUGGGAAAGGGUGUCACUCAAUGCCAAGUGACAUGGAGCUAUUUAUGGAAACAAGAUGGUACCAGUGCCCCUCGCUGAUUUUCUGCCUCUCGCGAGAAAAGGUAGGUAUGUAUGUAUAUUGAAAGCGCCAGAGUUGUCGUCUCUUUCAGUUCAACUUUCGAUGAUGGACCUUUCUUUGAUUCUGGUGGUUAUGGUGCUCGGAAACAAGAUAUCCUUCCCCAAGGCAUAGCAACAUGAUGGUUUGAUGAAGCAACCCAGCGAUGGGGACGAUAGAUGUCUGUAAGCAAUGUAGGAGCUCUUUGUUCGGUUGGCCAAGCCAAUGCCUUCUCAACGCGCGGAUUAGUUCAUGCACUGUGGCCUCUCUAGCCAUGCCAAAGCACGCUUUCCUCUGGACCAACCCACUCGCGACGUGGAUGGGGUUUUCCCAAAUCUAGAAUCAAUGGCCCCGGGGUCCCGGACCUGUGGGGGAGGUAAUGGGCGAUCUUUGUCCUCAGUCGCGGGGUUUGCCUUGGGAGCCUCGAUUUUGCGGGACCGCGGGCCUUGCUGCUUGUCAAUGUAUUCUAUUAUAAGGUGAAGCAGUAUGUGCCAAGUGCCUAACAUGAAGGCGCUUCCCAUCCUCCAUGUCGCCUCCCUGACUUUUCCCUUGCUCUUCUUUUGCGCCUCUUUGCACUGCGUGACGAGUGAGUUUUCCAUCUUCCUCUUUUCUCACCUACGAGACUUCUACGCCAGCUACAACCACCGUAGUACCUUGCUGUACACAAUAUUUGCAACUUGUUCUGGCGGCCCUUGUCUCGUCACAGUUUCCCCCGCCGCGGCUGCAUCUGUGCAUAUUCUCUUCAUAUUAGCCUACACCCGGAGUCAGGUGGUACCCUCCUCCAAACCAAGGCACACGCGGCUGCGCUCUACCCUGCCUUUCCCUUUGGCAGGCCGAGGCUGGACAGCGGACGAAAAUCACAUCUCCAAGUAUUGACUCCCCCGCCCACCUAGGCCUCUCUGCCUGUCCGUAUCUACCUGGCACGCAUCAACUCGUACCCGAACCGGGGUCCCAGCUCUCCUCCUCCUUUCGGUCCAGUCCCAGCCGGUUGCGCCCUCUGUUCUCUCCAAGCUGUCAGGCCUGGUCCCUCAUCCGUUGUCGCCCUCUCUCGCAUCUGAUCUGGCAUCUCGGACCGUCUGCUGACGCACCCGACUCGGGUGUGUGUCACCAAACCGGGAGUCUUCAGCUUGAUUCAGCCAGCUAGACGUGGCCGGGUUGGCUACCCUGUUGCUCAUAGCCACACCGGGAGAUAUACGGCAGAAUUCACCGAGCUUUUUGCUAGGUGACUGCCCCCCACAUCCCCCCAACUAUCUCUCGGGCCUUGUGCUUGUGUCGCCUGUGUCUUCUUUGCCUUGUCCUCUCUUGUUUCUGUCACAGGAUCACCACCAUGACCACGGCCGCUAGGUCGGUGGCGGCGGUGACGGCAACUGAUGUUGAGUCUCUGGAUGUGGUCGAGACACCCACGUCCCCUUCGUCGGGCCUAGCGCUCUCCCGGUUCGAAUUCGAGACAGGCAAGGGCAAUGAGGGCACCAAGGUGCUGAUGGUGGAAUGGGACGCCUCGUUCGGCGGGCGGGAACAACGACAGCAAGAAACCAGGCCGGAGGAGGCUGAGAAGGGGGCAGCUGAUGCUACAGACUGGGAAGUCUCGUGGGAGGGCAAGAAAUCGGCACUGGCCGUCCAUGACAUCGUCGGAGAUGUCGGCGUUGGCGGCAGUGCCAACGGUGGCACAAGACGUAUUUAUUUUCUUUUGCCCACGGGCGCCGCCGUGCCUGCACUCGUCAGCAUCACACACAAGGGUAGCUCAGGCGGACCAGUUCUGCGCACAAUGCCCAUGCCAGCCAUCUUCCCUGCUGAGCUCACCGGCAAGCAAGAGGCGGGCCUGCGAGGCGUGCUCCAUACGAUGUGGGCAAAAAAGCGGCUGGCAGAACUGCAGGCCGAGAUCGAAGUGGAAAUGAGGACGAAUGGCGAAAGCGUGGGGUUGGAGAUGGCAGCGCAAGAGCGGCAGUGGAUUGUCGACCACUUCGGACUCGGCCCGGAUCACGGCGUGCCCAAGCCAACCAGACUACAUAUACCACAAACGGCGGCCGGUCCGGCGAGCCCGAGGAGCCCAAUAGGGGGGAAGCUAGGCGAAAAGCUGCGAGGCUUGAAGCUUGCUACGAGCCCUGCAGAACUGGCUGCUGCAAGCCAAGCCUCUAAGGAUAUGCAGCGUCGCCUUCACUCUUCCCUCGCUACGGCUUCAGAUGGGACGGGCCUGGCAGGGCGCAGCAUCGCCAUGGGCUCAGCAGGUGCUGGUGUUGCUUCGUUGGAUGCCGUCCUUGGAAACAACCUACCCCAAUCGUCUUCGGCAGUGGGAAAGGCAGGGACAGAGGAUGCUACCGAGGAAGAUUUAUUUGCGCUGCCAAUGAGCCCCCGAAGUCCAGAGAUGAAGAGGAGUCCAUUUAGCAUCUUAUAAACAGGGGAGGUCACAGAGGGUCAUGUUGUAUGAUGAUAAUUACCUAGAAGUGGAUUAGACAUUGGGGACUUUCAGGGCUUGGGGAAGUGCAUGGCACAAACGGUAAUGUGUUGGGAGUGUUUUUGUAGUUGUAUUUGAGAUAGGUUACCCUCACGGAAUACACCGGGAACGAGAAUACUACUGCUGUUGAUAGAGGGGGCAAGCAAAUGACGAG